AUGGAAGAGGAGUUGGCCAAUCUUCCCGAUGGGAUCAUCUUCGACACACUCUCAAGACUACCCGUCAAGCCUCUGUGUCGUUUCAAGUCGGUUUCUAAGCCAUGGCUUGCUCUAAUCACCGAACCCCACUUCAUCAAAUCUCACCUCACUCAAUCAAUGAAAAACAACACAAACCAGAAGCUAAUCAUCGCCUCACCCACUUCUCACUCAGUCUAUUCCGUAGACUACCAAUCACCCGACCACACCAUUGCCAACCUCGAAGUGCCCUGUACGUCUAAGGUUGAGAUUAUGAGUUCAUGCAAUGGAGUCAUGGUACUCUUAGGAACUGGAGAUGAAUUAUGUUUGUGGAACCCAUCAAUCAGAAUGUACCGAAAAUUUUCACAACCCGAGUACCCAAGAGGGGAGUUUAGGGUGUACGGGCUUGGAUAG